GUGCGGCGCACGCGCAGUAUAUGUGGCUAGGGAAUUCGUGUGGACGUCAGGGUGGAAGCGGGUGUGAGAGGGUCCAGCAGAAGAAAACAUGGCUGCCAAAAUGUUUGAGUUCAUCGGCAAGUUUGGCCUGGCCUUAGUUGUUGCAGGAGGCGUGGUGAACUCUGCCUUAUAUAGUGUGGACGCUGGGCACAGAGCUGUCGUCUUUGACCGAUUCCGUGGAGUACAGGACAUUGUGGUAGGCAAAGGGACUCACUGUCUCAUCCCAUGGUUACAGAAAUCAAUGAUCUUUGACUGCCGUUCUCAACCACGUAAUGUGCCAGUCAUCACCGGUAGCAAAGAUUUACAGAAUGUCAACCUCACACUGCGCAUCAUCUUCCGGCCCGUCGCUAGCCAGCUUCCUCACAUCUUCACCAGCAUCGGAGAGGACCAUGAUGAGCGUGUGCCGCCGUCCAUCACGAACAAGAUCCUCAAGUCAGUGGUGGCUCUCUUUGAAGCUGGAGAACUAAUCACCCAGAGAGAGCAGAUCUCCAGGCAGGUGAGCGAUGACCUUACGGAGCCAGCAGCCACCUUUGGGCUCAUUCUGGACGACGUGUCCUUGACAUAUCUGACCCUCGGGAUGGAGUUCAUAGAAGCGGUGGAAGCCAAACAGAUAGCUCAGCAGGAAGCAGAGAGGGCCAGAUUUGUGGUGGAAAAGGCUGAGCAGCAGAAAAAGGCGGCCAUCAUCUCUGCUGAGGGCGACUCCAAGGUGGCCGAGCUGAUCACCAACUCACUGGCCACAGCAGGGGACGCCCUGAUCGAGCUGCGCAAGCUGGAAGCUGUGGAGGACAUCACCUACCAGCUUUUACGCUCUCGGAACAUCACCUACCUGCGGGCAGGGCAGUCCAUGCCCCUGCAGCUGCCCUGGUGAGGGCCCACCCUGCCUGCACCUCCGAGGGCCAACUGGGCCACAGCCCCGAUUAUUCUUUUUUUUUUUUUUUUUUUUUUUGAGACGGAGUCUCGCUCUGUUGCUCGAGCUGGAGUGCAGUGGCGCAAUCUCUGCUCACUGCAAGCUCUGCCUCCCGGAUUCAAGAGAUUCUCCUGCCUCAGCCUCCUGAGUAGCUGGGACUACAGGCCCACGCCACCACGCCCAGCUAAUUUUUUGUAUUUUUAGGAGAGACGGGGUUUCACCAUCUUGGCCAGGCUGGUCUUGAACUCUUGACCUCAUGAUCCACCCGCCUCAGCCUCCGAAAGUGCUGGGAUUACAGGCGUGAGCUACCACACCCGGCCGUCCCGAUGAUUCUUAACACGGCCUUCAUUCUGCCCCUACCUCAGAAAUCACUGUGAAAUUUCAUAAUUGGCUUAAACUGAAGGAAAUAAAGGUAAAAUCACUUCA